AUAAAUGAUCAAAACAAGCCACGUUUAUUACCUCUACCAACAGUAUCUAUCAGACAUUUCCUUCCUUUUCUCAUCAUCAUCAAAACUUGAUAAUAACAUAUCUAUUAAUUGAUCAUGGGUAGCGAUAGUGCUUUCGAUUUUGAGAAAGAAUCCGACGUAUUCGAAUAUGUUGUAAAAGAGGGUCAUGGUGUCAAAGGUUUAGCUGAUACUGGCUUAACAACUGUACCGCCGAGGUAUAUUCAUCCACCAUCAGAGCGAAUCGAUCGCAAAGACACGAUCGACUCUACACCUUUUUUAAGUGAUCCUAUUGACAUAUCAGCUUUGCUAGAAGAAGGUGAUGAUGUUGAUGUUGAGACGAAGAAGAGUGAGAUUAGUAAGAAGCUAUGUGAAGCUGCUGAAAAACUAGGGUUUUUUCAAGUAGUGAAUCAUGGUGUGUCUCAUGAAGUUAUGGAGGAUGCUAAACGUGCGGCUCAUGUUUUCUUUAACUUACCUCGGGAGAGAAAAUUGGCUCUCUCUAAAGCCAAUUCACCAUGCCAACAUGUUUUUUGCGGUACUAGUUUUUCUCCUCAGGCCGAGAAAUCCUUGGAAUGGAAAGAUUAUGUAAGCAUGGUCUAUGUAAAUGACGAUGAAGAGGUUCGAAAGUUUUGGCCUGAGGAAUGCCGGGAUGCUGCUAUUGCUUAUCUAAAAUCAGCCAAUAGAAUGAUACUUGCGAUGUUGAGCGCCCUUCUAAAAGGAUUGGGAGUUGAAAUCGAUGAGGCUACGAUCCGUUCCUACACAGAUGCUAGAGCUGUAAACAUGAACUUCUACCCGCCAUGUCCAAAUCCUGAUCUUACAGUUGGUGUCGGGCGACAUUCUGAUCUUGCUGCCCUCACGAUUCUCUUACAAGAUGAUAUCGGAGGUCUCUUUGUUAGGGCUCAAGAUAAAGGGUGGAUCGAGAUCCCACCGGUGGAAGAUGCACUCGUCAUCAACGUUGGUGACACUCUGGAGAUAUUGAGCAAUGGGAGGUACAAGAGUGCUGAACAUAGGGCGUUAGCAAGUAACACAAGAGCCAGGGUCUCGGUACCAAUAUUCGUGAGCCCGAUUCCUCCAACCACCAUAGGACCACUUCCAGGAUUGGCUGAGAAAAACGGAAAGACGGUAUACAAACAGUUGUUGUUUGGGGAAUACAUGGACAACUAUUUCAGAAAUGGUCACCAAGGCAAAGCUACACUAGAUUUUGCUAGGGCCUAGUUUCCUUGAACCAAAAUUUAAAUUAUCCUACACUUUAAAAUAAAACAACCAAAAAUAAAGAAUUUCUACUUAAUUACCCAGAAGACCCAAUGAUUAUCUAAUAAAUAAUACUUUUUGUUGAGUGGUUUCUGUUUUUGUGCUGGUGGAAGUGUUCGGAUAGGCUUGUAAACUGCCAAGAAUGUUAAAUGAUUAUUAGUUACUUGUGAACAAAAAUAAAUAAAUGAACUUGGUGUCGUUCUUUCUUGAAUA